AUGGAUCUGAAUUUCUCAACGGUUCAAGAUGGAAAGCAGCUGCUACCAGAGAGACACUCGUCCAAGCGUGUGCUGACGGGAUGCUUCCUCUUCCUCCUCAUCCUAACCACGCUGCUAGGCAACACGCUCGUGUGCGCUGCCGUCACCAAGUUCCGACACCUGAGGUCGAAGGUCACCAACUUCUUUGUCAUCUCGCUGGCCAUCUCUGACCUCCUGGUAGCUAUCCUGGUUAUGCCAUGGAAGGCGGCAACUGAGAUUGUUGGGUUUUGGCCGUUUGGCGCGUUCUGCAACGUUUGGGUGGCGUUUGACAUCAUGUGCUCCACUGCCUCCAUCUUGAACCUGUGUGUGAUCAGUGUAGAUCGGUAUUGGGCCAUCUCAAGCCCGUUCCGCUAUGAACGCAAGAUGACCCCUAAAGUGGCAUGUCUGAUGAUCAGUGUGGCGUGGACCCUGUCAGUCCUCAUCUCCUUCAUUCCUGUUCAGCUUAACUGGCACAAAGCUCAGACCACCAGCUACGCAGAGCUAAAUGGAACAUACCCUGACGAUCUGCCCCCUGACAAUUGCGACUCCAGCCUUAACAGGACCUACGCCAUCUCCUCCUCCCUUAUCAGCUUCUACAUCCCUGUGGCUAUUAUGAUAGUCACUUACACCCGGAUCUACCGCAUCGCUCAGAUACAGAUACGGAGAAUAUCUGCACUGGAGCGGGCAGCAGAGAGUGCCAAAAAUCGCCACAGCAGCAUGGGGAAUAGUUCGAGCAUAGAGAGUGAAAGCUCGUUCAAAAUGUCGUUCAAACGAGAAACCAAAGUCUUAAAGACGCUCUCAGUCAUCAUGGGAGUGUUUGUUUGCUGCUGGCUGCCCUUCUUCAUCCUUAACUGCAUGGUGCCGUUUUGUGAGCCCGACGUGCCGGACAGUGCCACGGACUUCCUCUGCAUCAGCUCGACCACCUUUGAUGUGUUUGUGUGGUUUGGCUGGGCGAACUCCUCGCUAAACCCCAUCAUCUAUGCCUUCAACGCCGACUUCCGCAAGGCCUUCUCCAUCCUCUUGGGCUGCCACCGGCUCUGCCCGGGCAGCAACGCCAUUGAAAUCGUCAGUAUUAACAACAACAUGGGAGCCCCUAACACAAACCCCAACUGUCAGUAUCAGCCCAAGAGUCACAUCCCUAAGGAGGGCAACCAUUCAGCUAACUAUGUGAUCCCCCACAGCAUCCUGUGUCAGGACGAGGAGUUACAGAAGAAGGAUGGAUGUGGAGGGGAGAUCGAGGUGGGCAUGGUCAACAACGCUCUGGAGAAACUUUCCCCAGCCAUCUCUGGGAAUUUAGACAGCGAUACUGAGGUCACGCUGGAGAAAAUCAAUCCCAUAACACAGAACGGACAGCAUAAAACCGCUUCAUGUUGAACAAAGGCAAAGAUGGAUCAAAGUACACCGCGGCAUGUAUGUACGCACAAAGGGAAGAAAAGCUUACCCAGGAGGACAGCACAAAGAGACAGAUGUCUUUAAGAACAUGCAUGGCAGAGAAACAGUGAAUGGGAUAUACAGGACCUUAAGACUGUCAACAAAAACCUACAUGGAAAAACCUACAGAAUGUUUUAAAGUAAAGGCACUUUAUCCUGGAUAUAACUAUCUGCAAAAUACGCUCAGCAUUUAUUGAUGAAAUUGACACAUUUGAUGAUAAAUGUUGAUAAUGUGAAUAUUAAAGCAGAACACUAGCUAAGUGCACAUGUAUACAUUUUUUUGUUACAUUUGCAAAGAUGUAUACAUCUGCAUGUGUAUUCUGUACAGUACUGACACAACCUUGGAAGGACUUAAACACAGUGUAUACAGUGGAGGAAGAUGUAGUAACUGUUAGCAAAAUGUCUUGUAGGUAGGUGCUUUGUAUUUGUUUCAUGAAAAAGAUACAUUGGUAAAUUGGGAAUUGCUUUUGGUUCAGUAUGCUUAG